AUGAGCAGCUCCGUGCUCUUCUGGUACUUGCGGAUCUCGCGCAGCGCCACGGUGCCUGGGCGGAAGCGGUGCGGCUUCUUCACGCCGCCUGUCGCCGGGGCCUACUGCCGCACCGCCUUGGUCGCCAGCUGCUUCCUCGACGCCUUGCCGCCGGUGGACUUGCGCGCCGUCUGCUUCGUGCGGGCCAUCACGGGGGAUUGGGCUGGGGAGAAGGGAGAGUUGUUGCUCAGUUGUUUGAAAUGGAGAUGGGGCUCUGGAUUUGCUGCGGUGGGGGAAUGGGGCGAGAAGAGACGGUAUUUUGCUGCGGUGGGGGAACUGCGCGGACACCGAGGAGGGAGGCGGGGCGUGGAAAAUUUUGGGGCAGGGUGGGGAUCAGGCUGGACGGGCGCCGUCGGAUCGCGUGGGAAUGGAGGGCUCCGAUUGAUUUGGCAGGCUCUCACGCGGAUCGCGAUCCGUGGGUGGUGA